UAUUUACUUCUUCGAAGACGUUAAUGGUCGUGCUGUUACCGUGAACUCAGAGCGGUACGUCGAAAUGAUCAACAACUUCUUUAUCCGACGUGUGUGGUUCCAACAGGAUGGGGCGACCGCCCACACAGCCAGAGCAUCAAUGGACGUUAUUCGCCCUCUCUUCCCUGGUCGCCUUAUUUCCGGGUUUGGCGAUGUUCAUUGGCCUCCCCGGUCCCCAGAUUUAUCCAUAUGCGAUUUUUUCUUAUGGGGACACCUCAAGGCUAGAGUAUACGAGACCAAGCCCCGAACUCUGGACGAAUUGAAAAGGGCUGUUCGCGUGGAAGUUGCCCAAGUUGAGAGAGCGAUGUUGGAGAGAGUCUACGCGAACUUCCGAGAGCACCUCCAGCACUGCAUCACCGAUUUCGGCCACCACAUGCCUGAUGUGAUUUUCCACACUUGACUGUCUCAAAUGCUAUUUCCUUGAGAAUCUGAUUCCGUCAAUAAAUGUGUUUUUGAGUAAAAA